AUGACCUCAGCGUCCCUGUUGGAGUUGCACGCUCUGCGUGAGCGCUUGUCGGGUGAGGGGCUAGACCAGGGUCACCUUUUCUCUGGAUGGCCGUCCUCCCCGACGGACUACACCGCGGCCCAUCUCGCCCUCCUGCGGGAGCUCCACGGCCUCGCCGCGCACUACUCAGGCGGGGUCGAGCAGUACAUCCGUACGGGGCGGGCUCUUCUGCAGGUCGAUUCCAGCGGCCCGGGGGGCUACCUCGCGCUCGCACAGCCUCCCCUGCUCUUUUCGGCCCCGCGUUUGGACACACACGGGGGGCCUCUCAGCGAGCUCGAGGCCGCGGGCGCGGGGUUGGUGGCACGAACGGCGUUCGUCCUCGUCGCGGGCGGCGUCGGCGAGCGGCUCGGCUACGCCGGCGCGAAGGUCGGGCUGCCGGUCGAGACGGCGACGGCCACGACCUACCUUGGGCAUUACCUCAGCUGGAUUCGCGUCCUCGGCGGGGCGGGCACGGCGGUGGUCGUGAUGACCUCGGCGGAGACCCACGCCGAGACGGCGGCGCUGCUCGCGCGCGUCGCGCCGGACAUGCCGAAUGUGCGAUUGCUGAAGCAGCAGACGGUGUUUUGCUUCGCGGACGGGGAGGCCCACCUCGCGCGUGGCGCGGACGGCGGGCUGCUGCGAAAGCCCCACGGCCACGGCGACGUGCAUUCGCUGCUCUACGCCGCGACGGCGCCGGAUCCAACGGACCCCACUCAUGACAUCCCCAUUGUCCAGGCUUGGAUGAAAAAGGGCUAUCGGUACGUCUGCUUUUUCCAAGAUACCAACGCGACUGCGGUGUUUACCAUCCCUGUCAGCCUCGCGAUCAGCGAACGAGAGUUGCUGGAUGUUAACUUCACGUGCAUUCCUCGGCAACCGAAGGAGGCGGUUGGGUUGAUGUGCCGUGUGAAAAUAAACGAGCCCGCUGCGGAUGGUAGGGUCAGCACGAAUUGGAAGACCGUUAAUAUUGAAUACAAUGCUUUCGAGGACGUGGCACGAACCUUGACAGAGGAAAAAGGGGACCACGCGGCGGUGAACAGCAAAUACUCUCCUUUCCCUGGAAAUAUCAACACCCUUAUUCUAAAACUUCCGAUCUACGCGGAGAGACUUCAGGCGUCAAAAGGGCAAGUGCCGGAAUUUAUCAACCCCAAAUUUACCGACGAUACGCGUCGAAAGUUCAAGAAACCGUGCCGUGUGGAGUCGUUGAUGCAGGAUAUCGCGCUUUUAUUCUCCGAGGGUGCGAAAGAUCGCGUUGGAGGGACCGUUUUUUCACGUUUUACUUACCAACCGGUGAAAAACUCGCUAGAAGAGGCGAUUGGAAAAGUAAAGCAGGGUAUGGAUCCCUAUUGUUUAUGCUCUGGCGAGGCAGAUUUCUUCGAGUUUACCCGUCGUCGUCUAAAAGCGGUCGGUGUUCCUCUUUCGUACUCUUCGGAGCCUCAAAUUAUGGUGCGCUCGUGCAUACCAGUCCGUAUAUUCCCUAUUAUUACGAUGGACGCGGUGGCGCGCGGGGACGGUACCCUUGCUCACCUUGCUAAAGUCUUUCCUAACCCAGAGCUUGUUCAUAUUAGCCCUAUGAGCACACUGCUUAUCGAAGGAAAAGUAAUUGUACUGAGUUUGGAGCUUAAGGGUGCGGUAAAGCUCGUAGGGCCGCAGGAUUUGUCGAGUGCGCCGCUUGUCGUGCAGGACUUUAAAGUAAAAGAACCUGAAUGGGGGCUGGAGACCAUUCUGGAAGAUGCUGAGAGCGUGAAAAAGGUGUCCGAGAUCGAUACAAUGCGAGGCUACGUCCUAGUAAAAAGAAAAUGUGUUGUCUUUGAUGGAUUGGCGAAAAUAUGA